CUUCUGGGCGGUGCAGUAGCUGCGGCCGAUUGGAGCAAACAAGGAGCGGAAUCCGUGAACUGCCCGCGGCCCCGAGGGCGCAGCUCCUGGACUGACUGGCGCUGUCCUGCCCAAUGGACGCCUCCUCUAGCCCGUGGAAUCCAACCCCGGCUCCCGUCAGCAGCCCCUCCCUGCUGCUCCCCAUCCCUGCCAUUGUCGUCCUCGCUGUGGGCAUCUAUUUGUUGCUGCUGGGCCUAGUGCUGCUGACUAGGCACUGUCUGCUGGCCCGGGGCUGCUGCACAGACUGCAGCUCCCCCUGCAGGAAGCAAGGCGCCUCCAGGCCCCAAGACUGUUGCUGGACCUGCGCAGAAGCCUGUGACUUUCCUCUGCCCAGCCCAGCCCACUACCUGGAUGCCUGCUGCCCCCAGCCCGCCGAAUCUGAUUGGGCCCCUCGCUGCCCUUGCUGCUGCCCGCUCUGUGACUGUGCCUGUGCGUGCCAGCCUCCUGACUGCCAGAGCCUCAACUGUCUCUGCUUUGAGAUCAAGCUCCGAUGACAAGACGCAGGGUCCCUGCCCUUUGGGGAGCGGCCAGCUCCCAGGGCCCACAGGCCCUGUUCCCUGAGGGGCCUCAGGACACUUCUCUCCAGGCUAUUGGAACCACAAAUGGACUACCCAGCUCACCAGCCUGGGAACCAGCAGUGGACAGCCUGCCUCCCUGCAGAGUGGGACUGAAGGAGCCCUCCGCCAGCUGCAUGGCGGCCCCUUUGGAGGGCCGGAAGAGAGAGUGGCUGGUGCUCUGCCAGAAACAGGCUCCGGAGAAUCACAGCAGCCAGCGAGAGGCCCGGAGUCAGGGGAGCAGAGGAGACAGGGAAGGCCGCGGAUCUGAGUCCCCUACCCUCCUUUCCUCCGCACAGAUCCCUGUCCAAAGAUUUCUCCUGA